AUGGAACAGUCCCACUUGAUGUAUGAGGAGCUGGAGGAGGAUGUGGCCAUUGUGACAUUUGGGAAACAUGGUGAUAACACCCUCUUAACUCUGACCAAUGAUUAUGAUGCUGUUCGCAGGGUGUUGGACAUUCUGACACCCGAGGGUAUGACACCUAUGACCCGGGGGCUGGUAGAGGCACAGAAUGAACUACAACGACACUCCGGGAGCCUCAGAGUGGCAGGGCGCAGAGUGAGGUCGAGAAUCCUUGUAUUUACUGAUGGAAUCCCCAGUGACGGUGAUACUGAUUUUGGCUCUGCUGAUUUGACAGCACCAUCAGUGUCGGGAACUUACAAAGUAAUGAGUGCUCUUCAGCUCUACUCAAAAAAUGAAAAUGUAUCAAACAAAGCCAGGAUAUCUUUCAUAGCAUGUGGGAGUAAUGCAAACAAGACUUUCAUGGAGUCGGCAUCCCAGGUAGUAGAUGGUCUAUGUCUGGACGCCGGCAAUACAGAGGACAUGAGGGGUCUGGGGGCUUACUACAGGAGAAUGGUCCUGGCCUGCAGGUUUGCUGCUCCUUUCAAAACCACGGAGAGCAUGCGUGACCUGUGUCUUACAAGUUUCGACACAUUCAAGCCUUGGUUUCAAGCCACCAACACAUUUCCACUCACGGAGGAGGACAAAACUGACCAUGAACUAAGAGAGAUCUACCAAUUACUUCUGGAUAUGAAAGAGGAGGACAGGAGACACCAUGAGGUAGAGGGGGAGGCGGACCCUACCUUACAGGUCUCCAUGCCUAUAGGUACCCGUGUGGUGAGGGGGCCAGACUGGAAGUGGGAGAAUCAAGAUGGCGAAGGCCCGGGGACAGUCGUGGGUUAUGGCAAAGGAAGCUGGGUGCGUGUACACUGGGAUUAUACGGACCAUGACAACAUCUACAGAUAUGGUGGCCCCGAAUGUGCAUAUGAUGUAUGGAUUUGUGAGGAAGCAAAGAAAAUGGAUGAGGGCAAGCUGAUAGAUGUGGGGGUUAGAGUGAAGAGAGGUCCUGAUUGGAGAUACGGUGACCAAGAUGGGGGGAAUGGAACUAUUGGUGUUGUGUAUAAAGUUGAAGAAAAUGGAAAAGUUAAGGUGCGGUGGCCUAAGGGCAAAAAUUGCAUCUACAGGUUUGGAUAUGAUGGAAAAUUUGACCUAACAAUUGUUGAAGAUGAAGGAGCUGGUGGUACGGCAUCAGGAGGAGCACCUCAAAUGGAUGAAGAUAGUGGGAUGAUAGUGGUGUGGCAGUGGAAAAGUAAUGGCAUGUGGUUAAUGUACCCUGAGUACGUGUCCAGACAGUUAGAGCAGGCGUACAAGAGGGACAGGACAGGAAGUUGUAGUGUGGAGGUUCACUCACUGAGGCGACACAUUAACUUCUCAAGCAUGACAGACCAUUGCAGUGACAUUGAUGAAACAUUUGAAGUCCAGAGAUUGGUUAUGACACAGGAAGAAUAUGAGGCAUCAAAGGAAUGAACAUUGGUCAUUUCAGAAUAAAAUCUUAAGUUUGACAUAAGUGUGGAAAUACAUUCAUAAGACUGUCAUGUUCUCAUUCAUGUG